UGCAAACUGAGUUAAUCCAGCACCUGGAAACUUGACAUAGUGAGACCUCCUCACUUUCUACACAUCUCUGUUAAUACUCAGUGAGAAGGAUGACAGAGGAUGGAGAGCCAAGCUGCGGCACAAGAAAUACACAAGAAAUAGCAAGAAGACAAAGUGCAUGAGUGUCGGUGCAUGAGGCCUUCAGGUCCUGCUAGGAGAACCCAUGGAGCCAGACAUCAUCCCCUUGCACUCCGUCUCCCCCCCUCCACUGGAUGAUGACGGUGACGGGGAGGUGGGAUCAGAGGAGGACGAGUUUGGGGACUUUGGGGGAUUCUCCGUUGGGGAGUCACCUGAUUCACUAUCCAGCUUCAGACAGCUUUCGUCUACCACCAUAAAGCCAGCCACCCUUCAAUCCACCUGUAGCUUUACUCUCCCUGUUGAACAAUCCCAGCCCACAUCCACUGUGCACGUGGGGUCCGGUAGGGGCCAGGAUUGUACUGCUGAAUCAUCUGUGCACCUCACAAAUGGAUUCUCUGUAAGGAACCACACCUCUAGGAUCCCCAUAGCCUCUGCUGUUGGGGGUCCCAAGGAAGAAACAGGGUUUGCUGAUUUCACUUUGUUUACAGAGCAGGCGGAGCACCCCUGGUGCUGCGGCUUCUCUCCCAUCGACCGCAAAGAGCAAUGGGAUGCCAGAGGAAAGGAAGGAAGGAAGUCAUCCAACAGCUUGGGGGAACACAGGCAUGAUUCAGGACAGGAUGUUGUGAUGGACUCUGAGCCCAGGUCUCAUUGUGCAUGUGAGACAGAGAAGGAGAAUGUUUGCACUAAGGUCAAGCACUGUGAGAAAAGAGAUGCAGCACUCGUGCAGACAUCUCAGGACCAUGAUCAGCCUCAGGAAGCUGCUUUGGAUUUCCAAUCGGAAGAGCCUAUUUCUAGAGAGGAGUGUGGGGACAUUCAGAGGGAAAGGGGGCAUUGUUUAAAUUCCUUACACACCACAGGGGUGAAAGAGGAUGGAGAGUCAGAUGGAGAAAGUCGAGGAAACAGCAUUUCUACUGUCCCCCAAACAUUCAGUGUGUACGAGUCUGCUUCAGAGGAUCUGACCUCCUUCUGUGAUGAUUUUUCAAUCGAGUGUCCUUCUUUAGAUUUAGAACCAAAUGUUUCAUCUCUUGUUUCCCAAGAUGAUGAGACUGACUGGGACCCGACUGAUGAUGAUGAGGAAGGAGAAGCACUGGGAAAUGACAGACCGUCGGAAGAAGACAAGGGUUUUCAUUUUUGCGACCAAUCUGCGACUCAGGAAACUUCAGCUACCUCCGAACUCUCACAAACUGGAACACAUGCAGAAGAAAACUUUGCAGACUUCAGAGAGUGCACGUUAGAGCAAGGACACGUCCAAAGUGAUGAUGAUGAUGAUGAUGAUGAAGAGGGGCUGAGUCUAGGAAACCUCCCUCCGAGUGACAGCUUUGCAGAUUUCUGCUCAGCGCCCACGCAGGAGGACGGAGAGGACUCGUGGGCGGAGUUCAAGGACCAGAGGGCUCAGGAGGACGGGAGAACUUGGACCCAGUUCAAAGAGCCAGUCAGCAGCCUGCAGGCGGAUGGGGACACGGAGGAGGAGGCAGAGAGGGGGGGGCUGUGCGGGGGGUCCAGGAGGAACAGCUGUCAGGCGUCUCUGUCCUGCCGUGUCCAGCAGCUCCUCGUGGCUCACUUUCCAGAGGUGGAGGUCCCAGCUGUGGAAAGUGAGGAGGAGGUGCUCAGCCUUGAUGCCCUGCUUCAGGCCCAACACCUCCCUGAGAGUGAGGAGGGGGAGGAAGAGGAGGAGGAGGAGGAGGAGAAACCUGCACUCUGUCCCAGGUCUCAGUGGAUUGGGCGGGGGGUGUGGUUGCCACACCAGGACCUCCAUGAUGCAGUUGGCCUCAAGUUUCAGUGGGGGGGCUCCUACGCUAACAGGACUCUACUCAAGUGCCUUGGUGUGGAGACAAGGAACAUUGUGUUCAUUGGCAUGAAGAAGCAGCCAGUGGCUGUGCCAGCUUUUGCAUCCGGCCUGGGAAUGCUGGAGCCCACCAAAGACUCUGUACCAGCUGUCAGUUCUCCACGACACACAGCCGUCAUCACCACACAGACAACACCUCCAAAAAACCCCGACUCACCGGACCACUCAACAUAUUCAAUGCAGGAGGCGCUCCCCCCCCGGCAGCUGGCCUGGAGCAGCUCUCAGGACGACUGCUCUGCUCUCAACCUGGAUUAUUUUGGUCCUGAGGAGGAGAGCAGGUCCUGCAGCAGCAGUAGCCGUAGCAACAGUCCUCCUCCAGGAGUUGACCCGGAGCUGUAUGAGUUGACCAUCAGCCAACUGGAAACGGGUGUUAGCAUUAUCCACAUGGAGGACACGCUGAAUCGCCUGAUGUCGGCUGCAGAGACAACCAGCCCUGCAGUCAGGAAACCUCAGCAGGACGACGAGGAUCUGAGUGCAGAGGCCUGCAGGCUGAUCUCUGGUCUGCCUAACCUUUCUUUCAUGCAGGCCAAGGUCUUCAUGUUCCCAAGCAUCCUCCUACCCAAAGAAUGAUGUUCCCCAAAACUACAGUGAUAUGUGAUUUCCACAAUAUUUACACCCAAUUCUUAAUUAGCUUAUUGCAAUAUACACAGGAUUCAAAUACUCCAAAACAAGAGGCAUUGUGGACUCUACAGUGAGUUAAAAAUACCUGCUUCAGUGUAAUUACUCCCCCUGCUGGCUAUAUUCUGUCUUGUGCAAAAAAGCUGGAUUUCUGUUUUGUCCUGGUUUGUUUUAGUCUUUUUAAAGUUGAGUGUUGUGAUUUAUUAUGGUGAACAACUCACCCAAACACAUAUUUAUUCACUCUACAGACCGCAAGCUCACCACCUUCAUUAUUGUUUGAUUGUAUAUUUAUUGUCAUCUUAUUUUGUAUGUUAAAUUAUCAUUGACAAAUGUAUAAAUAUACUAAAAUGAUAUGUGAGACAUAAAGAAUGAAGAAGUGGC